AUGUCAGAGAACCGCAGCGGCACAUCGCCGCAAGCCAUUGGGUCGGGUGCCCCACGUUCGACGUCCCCCUAUUCCACCGCGCGACUCGCUUCUCCCGUGCCCUUUGGCACUCCCCCGAUCAGACAGAUCCCGACGCCGCGUCAACUCGACGGCCAAUACGAUGACGACCAGCCUCUGCCCGGCGCCUCGUACCCAAGAGGAUCAAUCCCCGGGCCCGGCCCCUCAUCGCUGUCGCAGGCACUGAGGGGAGGCUUCGCCGGCAGCCCUCCUCGCUUCGCGUCUCCCGCCCCGACAGGCUCCGCAUACCCCGACGAUGCCUCGUACUCGCAAAGCCCGAGCAAGAAUGAGGACAUCGAAGUGCUGCGACGACACCUGGUCGGUCCUGCUCCUCGUGCUUCACAACAGAACCUUCAAGUCUCGUCCUCGUUCCAACGUCCGUCAAACAUGCCAGACGUCGCCAAGUCUGUCGAGCAGGGUCCUGGCAUAGACGAUGAGCACUUUUCGAGUCUGCAGUUGCAGGGUGGAGACAUGACAAGACACAUCUAUCGCUACACCGAAGAGCGCGAGCGUGAAGAGGGCGAGCGCCAGGCUCGUGAGACUGGCCGGCUGAAGCGAAGUCUGAGUGUCAACCUGCCCCGCCCCAGCGAGGAAGACCCGGAGCUGUCCAACAUCAAGAUGCCUGGCGGCCUGCGCAGAGACUACAUCCGCCGAACCGCUGCCUCUCCUGCUCCCGAGACACGCACCUCCAGACCAAACUACGGCUCCACCCGCGCUCAGACCGAGCCCCCUGCUCGCCAGCAACCCCAGUUCUUGGCCAACAACUUUAUCGAGUUCCUCACUCUCUACGGCCACUUUGCUGGUGAAUCGCUCGAAGACGACGACGAGGCCCUUGGUCCUGACGAGUACUUUACCUCUGAGGCUUACGAUGACGACGACGAGAAUCAAGACAGCCAAGAGCGUGAGUGGGGUGAAGACAGCGCUCUGCUGACCCCCGGCAAGCGCAAGCGCAGAAGAAAGGAGCAAGCCGGUAAGGGUAGUCCUGGUGGUGCCGCCCUUCUUCUGCUCAAGUCGUUCGUCGGAACUGGUGUCCUGUUCUUACCCCGUGCCUACCUCAAUGGUGGCAUGAUGUUCAGUAACAUCGUUCUUCUCAGCAUUGCCCUUCUCAGUUUCUGGUGUUUCAUCCUACUCGUCAAUGUCCGCCUGAAGGUUCACGCCUCGUUCGGCGACAUGGGCGGCAAGAUCUACGGCAGAUGGUUCCGCAAUCUCAUCAACUCCUCUCUGGUCAUCAGUCAGAUUGGUUUCUCUUCCGCUUACAUCGUCUUCGUGUCGGAAAACCUGCAAGCCUUUGUUCUGGCUGUCACAAAGUGCCGCACCUUUAUCGACAUCAAGUACAUGAUUUUGAUGCAGAUGGUUGUGUUCUUGCCUCUCAGUCUGUACCGUAACAUCAACAACAUCCAGAAGCUCGCUCUGGUAGCUGAUCUCUUUAUUGUUCUUGGUCUUGUAUACCUCUACUACUACGACAUUCUCACUCUGGCCAACAACCAUGGUAUCGCUGACAUCAUCCAAUUCAACAAAGACGAUUGGACACUGUUCAUUGGUACUGCCAUCUUCACUUUCGAAGGUAUCGGUCUCAUCAUUCCCAUUCAGUCUGGUAUGAAGGAUCCUCAGAAGUUCCCUCGUGUCUUGGGCGUUGUCAUGGUUGCAGUAACUGUUAUCUUCAUCUCCAUGGGCGCUCUCUCAUACGCCGCCUAUGGAAGUGCGACCAAGACGGUCAUCAUCCUCAAUAUGCCUCAGGAUAACAAGCUGGUCAACAGCGUGCAGUUUAUCUACUCUCUGGCCAUUUUACUAUCAACUCCCCUGCAAAUCUACCCCGCCAUCGAGAUUACAUCUCAGCAACUCUUCAGUCGUACCGGCAAGUACAACCCUUGGAUUAAGUGGAAGAAGAACAUUUUCAGAUUCUUCAUGGUCGCCUUGUGCGCCGUCAUCGCAUGGGCAGGCGCUGGACAAUUAGACAAGUUCGUCGCUCUUGUCGGAAGUUUCGCCUGCAUUCCUCUGGUUUUUGUCUAUCCCCCUCUUAUGCACUACCGAGCUGUCGCAACCCGCUCAUGGCAACGUUUCGCCGACAUCAUCCUUGUCAUCUUUGGUCUCUUCAUCAUGGGCUACACUACUGCUUUGACGGUCAUGAGCUGGGCUUCCGGUGGUCCAAAGGAGCCCGGAUACUGCGACGAGAGAUGA